AUGCAGAAGAAGCUGAAGGACACCCAUACUCCUAUAUUGUCAUCACCCAGAGCGUCGUCUUUUUUCAUCGAAAAUCUCCUGGCCUCCAGGCAGCACGAAAGGGAUUCUCCUUGCGAAAGCAGCCGGAGGGGCGCUUCGGACGACGACGGCCGGGUGUCGUACUUGCCGCGCGGCGUCAUGUGCGCUCCAGCUCCCGGUGGCAGCAGCCCAGCCACGUCCCUAUUGAGCACAGAGCCGCUGGUAAACUGGUACGCCGGGAACAGUGGCUUGCUCUUCAGAGCUUUGGGUGCUCCAGGCAGUCCAUCUCUUAACACAAGGUCCGAGGACAACUGCUGCUCCGUGUCGACCAGUGACAGAAGUUCCCCCGCCGUAUCAGAACCCAUUACAGACGACAGUUACGAGUCCGACAGGAAAUUAAGCGACGGCAACCUCCUCGAUGACAACGAUGAGGCUCAGAGUGGCUUCGACACAUCAUCUGACCCAAACCCGACCCGGAAGAAGAAAACUCGGACUGUGUUCAGCCGAAGCCAGGUUUUCCAAUUGGAGUCCACCUUCGACGUGAAACGGUACCUGAGCAGCUCGGAGAGGGCGGGCCUGGCCGCGGCUCUGCACCUAACAGAGACCCAAGUCAAAAUCUGGUUCCAAAACCGGAGGAAUAAAUGGAAGAGACAGCUGGCGGCGGAUCUCGAGGCUGUCCAUAUCCCCAAUCAGAGCCAGCGGGUUGUCAGAGUCCCCAUUUUGUAUCACGACGGACCUGCAGCCAGUUCUGCACUGGCUUUCAACUUAAAUGGACAUGAGGUCUUCUCCAACUCCAUCGCAUACCCCCUGUCUUCCUUGGCCCACUCCAUGAGCAUACUGAGGUCACAAAUGAGCGGCCUAGUGUAA